UGGCCAUUGUAUUCAAGGGAAAUACCUAAAUACAUCACAUAUCAUGUCCUGUGCCUUUGCUUCUCCCCUAUACUCUUUUCGAUGUCAGGACGUGUCCUGACCCCAAAAGAGGAAAGGUCCGAAGGACAAAGCAUGCACACUACACAAGGGAAAUUUCUUCGCGCUCUUGACAACCUACCCAUUCACAAUGGACCAGCAUCAAUAUUGUUUCAAUCCACACCGCGUCCAAAGCAUGCACCAGGAAGGGGCGCCUCACCAUCGAAUGGAUUUUGAACCGUACCAACCGCAAACAAAUGCUUUUGCCAGGUCAUCACUGACGAUCCUCUCCCCGACGCCGUGGUCAGAGCCCCGACCGCUCGUUCCUCCUCCGACCCCUCCUGCCCACCUCAACCGAGUGACGAACCCAAGCCCUACUCUCCCGCUCUCGCGCGUCUGGCACUCGCAGACGCCGGACAGUGUGAGGAACAGGCCAAAGAAAACCGGCCGAACAAAGGACUCGCCGCGCCUUCCCAAAAGACAGUAUAGAGUUUUUUUUCAAAAAGUUCCGGACACCGAAGAUGGGUGGCUUGGAGCGAGGAAGCGGCUCGGCCUGACGAACCUCGAAGGCAUCGCGAAAGCAAUCGAUGAUAUCCUUUGGUUCGGAAGCGACUGUGGGGAGUCCUGUAUCCCCAGGGACAUGACAGACUACAUCACGCAUCGGGCGGGGAAAGCAGAGAGCAUCGGUGGCCCCGAUCGUGUCACCUCCCUGUCCAGAUACAGCCACGUAGUCUUCUUGGGUGAAUGCUGCGUCGCCCGUCAGCUGGAAAUGCGUACAGAAUUGAUCGACGAGGCCAUCAAGCAAUUUCUUCACAACACGUUAUCGCCAGCUAGGUCCUCCGAACGAACCGGCGCGGGUAGCAAGACACAACGAAUGUACGAGAACGUUCCAGUAUGGAUUACGCGUCAGGAGGAAUCGCUCUUUCGCCAUCGCGGGCAUCUUGCAUCAGAGAUGUUCCUUCAUGGUGCGAUGAGCCUCUCAAACUUUGACAGUCUAUCCAGGUCCGGGCCAGACCAUCGGUUUCGGAAAGAGACCAUGGCUAAGAUCCCAUCGAACAUGAUAUCGUCGCUCGAGACCGAGCUUCCCUUCUAUUUGCCGUUCAUCGUCUGGGCCCGUAUCCGCCUUCAUACAGGCAUUGAUUGCUACGAACAACUGGGACCCGCAUUAGGUGUCACCAAGUUUACCCCAGACGAUUUCCAAAGAUGGUUUAAAAUCUAUCAGCAGAACACAACAAAGCCUACGACAGGUAACAAGCGUCCCUUGAGCGAAGUUCAAUCUGAGCCGACAGGGAAACGACAGCGGACCAGCCUUCAAAGGCCAGACAGGUCACCACUUGAUACUGCUGCUUCGGGUGUCUCAGGCGCUCUUGCACAGGCUGGAGAUUCUGCCCCGUCCCUGCUCAUCGGCAGCAGUGCAGACAAGAGCGUACUUGAGCAAGGGCUACAAUCCAAUCGGUUGCCCCAGAUGCCUACUAACGUUGGUGCUGACCAAUUCACUCCGUCAUUCACACUGGAGUUCGGCUGCGAAACGGCUUUCCAUGGAUCACAAUUAGAAAAGCCUGCCGGCUAUAUGCAUGAUCUGACUGGCCCGGUCGACCAGCUCUCGGCCGAGCUCGAGAACAUCACGGCCCCUUUCAUCGGGUCGCGUUACGAUGUAGCCGGCGCAACCAUUCCGUCGGAAAGUUUUUGGAGCGGCAUCGAUUGGAAUCAAAUUAGCCGUCUUGAGCCGGCGUAUCAUGAGGACCGUGUUCGGUAUAUGAGCGGGCACUAG